CUGCGCAGCGGCAAUUUUCAGGUGACGAAUUCGUCAAAUACACCAUCUAUUCCAUUCCAGACUUCCUUUCUCUAUCUAUCUCUCUCUCUCUCUCUUCUUCGCCAUUUUCAAGCUCUUUUAAUGAAUUAGAGGUUUCCUUAAGGAUAAAGUAUUCUGAAAUUUUCAUUUUCUAAUUUCUUACACCAUUCAUGAUUCAGACAGUUUCUCCCCUUCCAUUCGCCUCCUUCUUCCUCGUAUUCCUCUUUUCUUUUUGCCUGAAUUAAGAAGAAGAAGAAGAAGAACUAAAGAAGGUCUGAGCAGGAAAUCAAUGGGGACUUCCAUGGUUGAGUUUAUGAGCCCUCAAGUAAAAGCCAUGAGCAAGAAGUUUGGUCCAGGCCUACAUUCUGGUGCCCACACUAGUCCCGGAUCUCCAGAAUGCAUCAACAACGAUCUGAAGUCCUGGACCGUGAGGAGGCACUCUGCAUUGAUCCCCUUGAGUAAUGGAAAGACUCCACCUUCCAAAUGGGACGACGCCGAGAGAUGGAUCACUAGCCCGGUUUCCGGCGACCGUACCGUCAGGACUCCGGUUGGUCUUCCCCGGAGGAAAGUGAUGUCUAAGAGCGGGCCUUUGGGUGGUUCGGGAGUUGUGCACUCAACAAACUGCUCUCCAUCCACCCCUGUUCUCGAAGGCCGGGACCCCGGGAGUUUCAUGGAUGAAUUGCACCGAGCUUCCGAGGAUUCCUCGGAUGUCGGAAACAAUGGGUCGGGUGGUGUUGGCAAGAUUUUUGUGAAAAACUCUAAAGAUGAGGAGAAAAUCGAAGAUAGGUUCUUCGAAGGGGAAGAAGCAUCAAACUACAAUGGAACUACUUCGAUCAAAAUGAGCUACAAAGGAAGCGCUCGCUUAAAAAAGAGUUUAUCUUUCUCAACCUUAGUAUCCUCAAUUCACACCGAUGCCGAUGUUGUAAGAGACAAAGUCUUGGAUGUCCAAGUCGAUAAAGGCGCCCUCGAACAAUCCAAGAAACAAGAUCCCGGAAAGCCCAUCGAGGAAGAGAACAAAUUGGAGUACAUAGACAAAAUCCAUUCGCCAUUUCGACAAAAUGCAUCAAAAACUUCAUCUAAGUUGCAAAAAGAAGAAGCCAAGAUAAGUGCUUGGGAGAAUCUGCAGAAAAGCAAAGCUGAAGAAGCUAUUCAGAAACUCGAGCUGAAAUUGGAGAAGAAGAGAUUGGCCUCGAUGAAGAAGAUCAUGAGCAAGCUCAAAACUGCGGAGAUGAAGGCGGAGACCAUGAGGAAUGUGUUGUCUGAAAAAGACCGUUCUUCGUCUUCAAGAAUCCCGCGACUUUCGUUUUGUUCCAACGUCGAGUAUUCUGUUCGCCAUUGCUUCGUCCAUCGCGGUAAAAAUUAAUGUCUUGUAUCAUCCUGAAUUUUUUUUCCUUUGAUAUAUAUAUAUAUAUAUACAUAUUUAUAUAUUUGUGUUUUUUGGUCACAAGGAGAGAUUGCAAUUUAUAGUUUGUGUACAGAAAUACUACAAUGGGAUGCUAUGUAAUUAUUUUUAUUUCAUUUUUUACUA